GAGUUUGCAUUUCAAACCUGAUUUGGCGGAGUGCAGUGCCGGGCUUUGCACUUGGAUGAACCGUUUUGUUUUUUCCUUUUCUCUCCGCUCUCUCACUGCCUCUCAUCCUCAUCCUCAUCCUCAGUCGGUCGUCAGAGUUUGAAUUGAAUUCGCUGCACAAACUGUUUUAUAUUUGAACCCAAUUUCAAUUUGUGCUCAUAAAUUAUUUAAUUUUCCAGAAGUUCUCAAUCAUUGAAUUGUUGCGAGCUUGUCAAGUGUUACGCGACAUUAGUAGCAAUGUCCAGCAGUGAUUCAGAUGUGGAUGUCGAUAUUAGGCCCCCCGAGAAUAUCAAGCUACGACGAGGAGGUCAACGAAAUGGAGAUACAUCAAAGGUCACAACUAACAAGGGGAAGCCGCUGGUAUUGAAAAAUCGUAAGCAGGAUGACGACAGCUUGUCCAGGCAAAGAAAAGGGCGAAAACGUCGAUCGGAUCCCAAAUGGGACGACCCGUCAGAAUCUGCCCUUACAUUGGACUCGGAUGAGGAGAGCGGUAAAGGUGGGGAGAACCAACAGAAUAAACCCCCUCCAGCAAAACCAGUAAAUGGCAAUGGAACUAAAAUGACCGUGGUAGAUAGUGAUGAAGAUGAGGACGAAGGGAGCGAGGAACAGGGGAGUUCCAGACGACCAGCUAAUCCUCGGGCUAGAAAACGUCUGUCGAUGCGUCGACAAGACACGGCUAAAAGCAAUAAUUCCAUCGGGGGAGAGCAACGAGAAAACCUACCUCCCCCAGACCCCGCCACAUUAAAAAAGAUUUAUUCAUCUUGCAUAGAUUUGUUUCAAGCUCAAAAAAUUACGGUUGAGAAUGCUUUCCAAAUUCGCUUUCUAGAACUUAUGGGAGACAUCAUUGAUCUACCAGAAUUUGACAAGCAUGAUAUGUUGGGAGCUGGGAGAAUGUUGGAGGCUGGAGCGAGGAUAUAUGUUUGUCGAGUCGAUAAAACCAAACAUUCCGUGAUGGACUUGGCGUCAACUCUUAAUAUGCAACAAAAAAAUAAGAAGCGCAAUCAAGAAGGUGACAAUGAGAAUGAACUUGGGGAAAUGGACCAAGGAGCAGAAGAAGACGACGUUGGUGGAGAAGAAGGGAAAGCAGAGGCUAAAAAGAAAAAGAAGAAAAGGAAAAUGAAAGAAAACCAAUUUAUUGUUGAAGAUAUCUCUAAAAUUUCCCUAUCGGUUGAAAUUGAUAGCUGUAAAGGCGGUGCUAGACGAACUGCACUUAAAGUCAAAUUCCAAGAUUUCAUUGAGAAUGAUGUCGAUUUUGAUUACUUCAACGAAUAUUUAGCAAAGGUUAGAGAUUCUCAGCAAGAUAACGAAGCAGAGAAUUUUGGAACAGAGAAACUUGCAGUUUCUUCAGCUGUUGUCAACAUUGCCGAGUUUGGAGAUUUGCAACACCUUUCAUUUCUGCUUUUGGAGGAAUUUGACAAGAGAAUCCAUGAUACUUGGGGAAAGCGGCUUGAUCAGCGGACAGAAACUCCUAAUCUAUCCACUCAUAACGUUGAACUAGAUGUAGAGCCAGCUCCUUUGGCACCCGAAGUUGAUGAGGAACAUGUAUACGUACCUCAGGAAGAGCCACGACAAGAUUACAAUGAUGACUUUGCUAAUAACUUUGACGAUGAUGACAGAGGAUUGGCACAUGUUAGUUUUGUAAAUGAUGAUGGGCAAAUUGAGGGGACGCAAGAACCAUUGUCAAACGGGCGCAAAAUGAGAUCGUUGCAAGAUUUCUUUGAUCUUUACCAAAAGGUAAAAUCGUCAUUCGGAUGGUGUGGGCCCACAUUUGUAAAAACUCAGCGAGGGGUUCAUAUGCUCGGUGGUCCAAGGAAACCGCGGGUCAAGAAGCUUCCAACUUUUAUUGAUAUAAGAAAUAUAAACAGAAAGGAUCGCUGUAAUAAGUUCCUCACUGCUAAAGCGGCGAAAGGUAUCUUUGACGAAAGGAAUAUCGAACGAUGGAGUUCGAAAGGAAGACCUGCCCACCCAUAUCUAGAAAUUGAUGAACCGUUUGACGAGUACGAAGAAGUCUUAGAUUUGAUCAAUGAGGAGGAGAAAAUGGGAAUUCCUAAUUUAUUCAAAUUUUUUAUCGAUAUUCGACGAAAUCUCUUGAGUUCAUUGAAUGUGACUCUUCCUAAAGAGGAUGACAGACUCGUGAUCGAAAUGAACAAGGCUGAAGAUGAGUAUAUUAACGAAGCAGGGUUUGAAGUUGAUCGUCAUUAUGAUGACGAUUUUGAUCAUGAACAAGAUCCGGAUCCACUGGCAGACUUCCACGUCGCAGAUUUACCACCGACUGGAGAAACAGGGGCACCCUUUAACUCGUCUUUCAACUUCCCAACAUCUUUGAGCAAUUUGCUUAUGGAAGCCGAAAAUGAUCCUACACAAAAGACUGACACCGAAUCUAUUCGCUUUACAAAAAAACCUAAACCGAUCGACAUGCACGGUUUAAAACGGGCCAUUUUGGAACAUUUACAAGAAAGUUUAAAACUACAUAGGGAUGGCCGACCCUAUCUUGAUACGGAAACAAGUACGGAUUUUCUUAGCUUAUUGAAGCAUGUUCUGAAUACCGUUGAUGUCCGAACCGCUGAACACAUGUCAAUAUCAAUUCUUGCCGUUGGUUUACUACACGUUGUCGUCGAAAAGAAACUAUUUGUACUCAACAAUCCUACAAAUCCUACUAACCCUUUAAUCGUAUGCCGUGGAAAUCUGUGGAAUCAUGCAGAACAUAUUCCAAUGCCUUUCGAAAUUGAAGAUGAUUAAGUUAACUAUGAAUUUUAAGUAUGCUCAUUUGAAUAAUUUAUUUAUCCUAAAUGAUUACUCUCAACCUACAGCAAACCAAAAUUAAAUGAAUCAACUUAAAUGUUUUUAGAGAAUUGUAUAGUAAAUGAUUGAUAUGUAUCAAUCAAUCAACAAUUGGCAUUUAAUAAACACUACUAUAAUUUGAUAAAUUAUGGUCAGUAAUAAGCUAUACUAAUAAGUAAUAAUUAUGGUUAUAAUGUCCUUUGCAGAAUAUAAUUUACUAUUUUAGUAUUUAUUACUAUUAUGCCAUGUAUAUUGUUUAACAUUAUGAAGUAAAAUGUCAGUGUAAAGGUGUAAACUAUUAAGUGUACAGUACAAGUAAUUUGACAGAAAGUAAAAA